CGUCGUCGUCUCACUCGGCGGGCGGUCGCCGUCUCCGUCGAGCGCGCGUCAUCCUCCACUGCACGGCCACGACAGCGUUUCGGUCGAUUCCACCCGCGCCCCGCCGCUCUCGCCUUGAAUUGGCAGCCAACCACCAACGAAUUCUUUAUAUUCCCAUCCCAUGGCUCACCGGGGCUUCGUCCUCUUUAUCGCCGGCCCCGUUCGCGGAAAGCAAAGAUCCACUAUCGCGACGAAAGCGCCGCCGGACUCAUUUCAGAUCACAGCAUGGCCGACGAGGCGGGCUGACCUGACGCUCCGAGCACACGAGAGGGCAUGCCGCACGCCUGGUGGGAUGCGUCCUUCUCUUCUCCCGUUAGUCCUUUUUUCUUUCAGAGAAAUGAAUAUGAUGUCCCCUGGCCUUAUUCCCCAUCUUGCGAAUUGAAUUCUCGAGCACUAUGAUGUGCCUGAUCUUCGACCGUUUAUCUCCCUCGUCCCCGCCCCCGCGUCAAGCGUGUAUGUAUUCCUGAGCUCACCUCACCGGUGACGCUACUUUCUGGAUCGGAGGAAAAAAGGAACAUGUGCCCGAUCCAACAGGGUCAAGCUGCCGACGACAUGGACACGAGUACACGACCAACUGCCAAGGUCGGACGAAGAAAGAAAAGCCGCCACGCAACAAGUCCAAUUGUGCUUGUGCACUGCGGGCCCUGCCAACCUGCCUCGCGUCGUCUCACUGGCUCACUACUCGACGUGCUCGUAUUGGUAUAAUCCCAGAGCCACAGGCACGAACGAGUACGGGAUCCCGGGAAGAUUCACGCCCGGCGCCACCUUUCCGUAGCGCCACGAGGCCACGACCACGAGUAUUUUAAGCGUGGCCGGCGACCGUUCCGCGGGAAGACCGCGCAAGAUGAUGCAGGGCGCGGCGGCGGGGGGGACCUCUGUCUCCGGAGCCUCUUGGGCUCGGGCCACGCGCGGCCGCGCGGCCGUCCUCGCCUCGCGCCACGUCGGCGUGGGCGCCUCCUCCUCCGACUACUACUACAACCACUUCGGGCCCCGCGGCGCCACCGCCGCCCCGCUCCUCCGCGCCCGCGGGGGCGGGCGGCUCAGGCCUCUGCCGCUGCUGUCCGGCAGCGGAAAGAAUGGGGAGGUCGCCAAGGCCGCGGCGGCGGCGGCAUCGGUGCCGGCGGACGACGCGAGUGCCGCCGCGGUGACGACAGACGGCGGUGGCAUUGCGGCCACGGCGCAGCUGGGCGCCAUGAUCGUCGCGUGGUACCUGCUCAACAUCUACUUCAACAUCUACAACAAGCAGGUUCUCGGCGCGCUGCCGUUGCCGCUGCCGUACACCAUCACAGCCUUCCAGCUCGCGUUCGGCUCCCUGCUCAUCUUCCUCAUGUGGGCCACCAGGCUCCACCCGGCGCCCAGGCUCUCCGCUGCGCAGCUGGGCAAGAUCGCGCCGCUGGCCGUGGGGCACAUGCUGGGCACGGUGUUCACCAACAUGAGCCUGGGCAAGGUCGCCGUCUCCUUCACGCACACCAUCAAGGCCUCCGAGCCCUUCUUCACCGUCGUCCUCUCCGCCCUCUUCCUCGGCGAGGUUCCUUCCCUUCCGGUGCUGGGCUCGCUCGUGCCGAUCGUUGGCGGCGUCGCCUUGGCGUCAUUCACCGAAGUUUCUUUCAACUGGACCGGGUUUUGGAGCGCCAUGGCGUCCAAUCUGACCAACCAAUCGAGGAACGUCCUCAGCAAGAAACUCCUUGCCGGUGACAAGGAUGUUAUGGAUGACAUAAAUCUCUUCUCGGUGAUCACUGUGCUGUCGUUUCUGCUGUCCUGCCCUCUGAUGAUCUUUGCCGAAGGCAUCAAGUUCACCCCAGGAUACCUCCAGAGCACGGGCCUGAACCUCCAAGAGCUGUGCGUGAGAGCAGCGCUCGCAGGUCUGUGCUUCCAUGGCUAUCAGAAGCUCUCGUACUUGAUCUUGUCGAGAGUGUCGCCAGUGACACACUCCGUCGCCAACUGCGUAAAGCGUGUGGUUGUGAUCGUCUCCUCCGUUCUGUUCUUCAGCACACCUAUUUCGCCUGUCAAUGCACUAGGAACUGGUGCUGCAUUAGCAGGUGUUUUCCUUUACUCGAGGUUGACAAGAACCAAGAAGCCAAAGGAUGCAUAAGCAAGGAUAAAACAGAUUACAGGUUUUUGAGGUAUAGAGAUUAGAUCGAGAGAUAUCAAUGAGCAUAAUGAACUAAACAUAGUUUCCGCCUAGUUGUACACUUGUACCACAGGGCACAGCCGACUGCAAGAUUCAUGAAUGAAUAUAUAUUCUCGAGCCUCACGUGAGCAUCUCACUUGUACCACAGGGCACAGCCGACUGCAAGAUUCACGAAUGAAUAUAUAUUCUCGAGCCUCACGUGAGCAUCUCCAACAUGUCAUGCAAAGCACUUUACACUGUAGAUUACAUUUUUUAUAGAUUGCACUUUUUGUAAAGUGAAGUUUAAAAUAAAGAGCAUAGAGUCAAUCUGACAUGGGCUAA